CAGAUACAGCCCGCUCUCAGUGGCCUGAAGGAUUGAACGUGAAACGUUUGCAUGUGAUCUUUAAAAAACGGUAUUUCAUGAUUAUUGUAAUAUAAAUCACAGCAAAUUGACAUUAGUGACUGAUAGUGCGUGUAUAUAUUUUUAUAAAGUGAAGUGUUAACUUUUUGCAAAGAUUAAAGUUUGAUAACGGACGUGGAUCACAAAAACGUGAUAAUUCAAUAGCGGCGAGCGCGGGCCAGCGCGAAUGUUUCCCGGAGAUGCGAGCGCCGGGGCGCGUGAGCAGUGCCCUACUGCUGCCCAUCGCUCUGCUCUCGUUGCCGACCAACGCUGCGAACGUCACAGCGUAUCGGGAGGAAUUAGAGUCGUCACUACGGCUAGUGCACGCAGUUGCGACGGGCGCGACCGGCGCUCUGUGCGUCACGCAUCACUACGGGCGACUUCGCGCGCCGCUGCACGCUUCGCGGUGGGACGCGGCGAGGGCGCGGGCAGACCUCGCCGCGAAUAUACUGCGGCAACUCGGCUUGCAGGACGCUGAAAUACUGAAGGCGGUCUCACAGGGAUUAGUGGAAGGUGCAAGUACAUCGGAGCGGGCAGUCGCGUCACGUGCGCUCUCGCUGCGAGCCAAUGGCGUUGUGAACAGUGCGGUCGCGUGGAAACGGUAUAGUGCAGCUGAGCCGGAGAUUGUUAUGUACCCGCAAUCGGAGAAACCACCAGACCCGGAAUAUCCGUGGUAUGUAUCAGCGCAUGAAAGCGAAUCUCUUCGGUCCCCCAAGUUCAUGCCCUCUCCCCCCGGUGCCACAAUGGAGGGGUGGUGGACAUAUCCGUAUUACAGUUGCGAGGCGGAAAAAUGGCUGCUCUCUUACACAGUUCCUGUGUCUACAAUACGAGGGCUUAAAGGCGUUGUUUCGCUCGAUAUAGACAUAUCUAAUUUGGAAGUAAAUCAGUGUGAAGAAAGCGAUGCGGAGAACGAUAAUCAAAUAUAUUCGUUUCACGGAACCCAUAAAUGCCCUAAUGAAACUACAUAUUGUGAAUACAAACCAAACCGCGAGAUGAGUGCCCGCCACUCCGGCUGGUCUAGGGGCUCGUACAUCUGUAAAUGUAGACCGGGGUAUUACUCCAUCCACCACCCCGAAGGAUUUAAUGGUUCUCUGGUUGAAGUUGCAUAUCAAGAAUACGAUGAAAAUGGCGUAGAUAAUUGGAGCGAGCCUUACGAAUGUUUAAAGUGCCAACCCGGAUGCGAGUCUUGCCGAGGGCCAGAGCCUUGUCUCGCAACAUAUAACUGGCCAUUCCGGAUAUCUCUUCUAGUGAUAUCAGUGAGCUGUGCUGUAAUGACAGUUCUACUAACAAUAUACACGCGACAUCACCGCAGAGUCAAAGUGUUUCGUGUCGCCAGCCCUGUCUUCCUCUCCAUUACAUUGUUAGGAUGUGCUAUUAUGUACAUGGAGAUGGCAGCUAUAUUUCCAGUGCUUGAUAGAUAUUCAUGUAUAGCAACCAAAUGGACGCGCCAUAUGGGAUUUUGUAUCACAUAUACAGCGCUUCUUAUGAAAACGUGGAGGGUAUCCCUAACAUACCGCGUGAAAUCAGCUCACAAAUUAAAACUGACGGAUAAACAAUUACUACAAUGGAUGGCGCCCAUUCUUCUUAUCAUGUUGGUUUACCUUGGCACUUGGACGUUUUCCGCACCACCAGACGCUGAAGUCAUUACCGACAACAGGGGGUUGAAAUUUAAGCAAUGUACAUACAACUGGUGGGACCACAGCCUAGCGAUAGGUGAAAUUCUAUUUCUUCUAUGGGGUGUGCGUGUGUGCUACCGUGUACGGCACGCGGAAAGCCUGUAUAAUGAGGCCCGACUCAUCUCUAUUGCUAUAUACAACAUUUUUACUGUUAAUUCACUGAUGAUCGCGUUUCACUUAUUAAUUCUACCACGCGCUGGUCCAGAUAUAAAAUACCUCCUUGGUUUUAUAAGAACUCAAUUGUCUACAUCAACUACCGUCCUCUUGGUGUUCUUGCCCAAGGUGCUCCGCGUGGUCCGCGGGACAGGCGACACGUGGGACAGCCGCGCGCGCGCCCGCGGCGUGCCCGCGUCCUCUUCCCUCAACGGCAUCGGGCUCGUGCCAGACGACCCGCCGGACCUCUUCCAGGAGAACGAACAAUUGAAGGAAGAGGUCCAAAAACUAGCUGCUCAGAUCGAGUUUAUGAAGAUAGUGCAGAUGGAAAUGCACAAUCGACACCUUCGUCCAAAACCCGGCGGAUAUUUUAGCGCUAACGCAACUAACGUUCCGCAAAGUCCAAUGCAUUCCAAGACAGUUAAUAUUUCACAAGAGAACACAGAAUGGUCAGGGCCAGUGUGACUGGUGGCGCUCAGCGAUGGCGGCUGGUCGUGGCCCGGACCGGCCGCACGCCGCGUGCUCACCGCCAUAGACACGAGACCACCCGCGUUCGUGUAGCAUCAGCUUUAUAAUCAUAGAUAGUAAAGGCAGGUCCAUUAUUGUUAUCUGUAGUAAGUAGUUCAAGAAUUUCGUUUUGGCAAGUCAUUUGUAUCUGUAUUAAGUAUAGUAUUAUGUUCUGUGGUUAUGCGAACCAACUAAGAAUAGGAACGUCAAUUGCCUUGCUAUUUUUAUUUAUUCAAAUGAUAUUUAACUAAUUAAAUAUCAUUUGAAAUUAAAAAAAUAUGGUUUACAUAAAAUUCGCUUUUGCACAGCAGUAACGGCUUAUUUAAUUUGUGUGACACUUUAAUACGAUUUGAAUACAAACGUUUUUGCUGAACUUAGGCAACUACAUAUAUUAAAAUUGGUUUGUAUUAAUAGCUAUGACGUUACAAUAUGGUGCUAAGUCGAUCCUAUUCUUAUUUGGAUAACAUAUAUUGCGAUGGUUCGCAAAUAUUGUUAUUAACGUGAAUUUGUUUUAACAUAAAAAUCUCUGUGAUUACGCGUGUGUAAUUUACGUUGUACUAAGUUGCGCUUUUGUUUCCUUGUAUAAAAAUUAAACGUUAACACAAAGAUAAUUAAAAUUAUUUACACCAAAUGAAGGUCAAGGAUAAUUAUACUGCCCAUUAGAAUAUUUAUAUUUUUAUGUUUACCAAAAGGCUACUUUUCAAUUAUACGUGUAUAUUGUAUAUUAUUAUUAUAUUGCAAUAAGGUUUUUCAUGUAUGUACCUUGUACAUAACUUGUUGAAAAUUAUAUAAAUAAUUUUAGGUGAUUUUAAUAUUGUUUAUUUAUUCACUUGUUAUAUGCAUGUAAUCGAUUGGACCUAUUUAUCGAGUUAUAUGGUAAUCAAUAUUAUCAUUUAUCUUUGAAUGUUGUGAUUUGUAAAUUGCUUGUCUCCUGUUUGCAAUUCAUUUUAUUGUUGAUACUUUAUUGUCUUAAUGUAAAUAGCUAGUUUAUAUUUUAAAAUAAUUAUUAAUAAGUUGCCAGUAUUUUUUCUAAGCUGACAUCUGUAUUUAUGAUGAUGAAAAUCUAUAAUUUAUUUAAUUCAAUGCAUUGAUUACUUAUUUGUAGAAAAACUCUGUUAUACUAGCAUAUUAUAAAAAUAAGAACUUAAGACUAGAUAAAUGUAGUGUAAAAAAUGCUAUAUUAUGUGUAUUUGCUGUGUAAAAAUGUUUAAAUGUAUGUCUAUUGUAUGCCUUUACAAAAGGAUAUUUUGCGAAAUAGCAUAUCAUGCAAAUCUUUAGUCAUUAUGAAUAUUUUUUUAAAUUCAAGUAAAUACUGCUCAAUUUUAAAAGAUUUUAAUAUAUUUAUUUUGUAUGUGGUCCGGUCUGGUUAGAACAAAUAUUCGACUGAAAUUAAAGGGAAGUAAUUCGCGCCAAAACAAAACCGACUUCGUUACUCGGGGCCAAAGGUCACAAAACGGUCAUAAAAAAAUUUUGCGAUGAGCAAAAUUGAGUUUCAUAAUUAAUUAAUAGACAAAAAUUGUACCUAGAUCAGUUAUGUCCCAAAAAAAAAAAAUACAACUUUUCCGGGCAACUUUAAGUUGGGUGGCCAAUUAUUGUACACUCGUAUGUCUAAAUUGACCGGACUAAUAGUUUACAUCUGUGGUUAUUACGAUUUUUACAAAAAUAAAUGUAGUUUGCUACAUUAUUAUAUUUUCAACUUAAAACAUUUUUUUAAGUUUUAAUAUUAUUAUAGGAGUCAUGAUUAAUUAUACAGUUUUUGUAAUCAAGCUAUAGGGUGCAUAAAACGAAAGUAGAGUUUAUAGCUUUUCUUCAUAUCCACAACUAGUCGAGGUUGAAAUAGCAUACCAGUCAGCUGACACGUAUUUCGAACAACGCGUCUUAAGCGUUAGCAUCAGCAAGUAUUCUUCGCUUGAGAUGCGGUGCCUAUAAGGUUAUACAAUCAUUGGUUAAAAAAUAAAUAAAACAAACAGUGAACUGAACGUCCUCACAUCUCUUUUAGAAACGCUCGUCUGCUCCACGCUCUUUCUUUCAAAAAAACAAUGUUUAUUUAACAUCAUAACAUAGUUUUAAUAUAAGAUUAACCCAAAAAUUUUAGAUCUUAAUCUUUAUACAAAGAAAUACUACAAAUCGUAAAUUACUCUUUGCGGUAUGGUGAUCUUGGUUCCGUGGUUUUUGUAAACGGCUACUCGAUGAUAAAUGCUGAGCUGGAGCAGAGCAAAAGUGAGCCUAGUGCAAAUCGUUCAAUUGUCUUUAUAUUCUAUACCGACCGACCUACUAUAACGGACAGUUUUAAUAUAAACUUUGUACAAACUUUGUACCUGUGUCAAGUAUCGGUAACAAUACAAUAGUUUUAAUGAGUUUAUCCUAUUAUCAUUAUAGCCACGAAAAUAAACCUCCAACCAGCGCUAUAACCAUUUGCCUUUUGCAAUAACGAAAUUCCCCUGAAGAACCACUAUCCUGUUAAUUAAUUUCCAAAUACAUUGUGUUAUCACCUUCCGGUAUAAUAGUACAAAUUAAAUAUGUAUGUCCUCUACGGUUAAAUUAUGUUAAUUUAAUUAAGAUAUUUUAUUCAGUACAUAAAAGUUUGUUGAUACACAUAAUUAAAUAAAAAACAAGUGUAUUUGUCACAGACAAUAAUUGCAGAGUUAAUAUGAAUUAAUCAGACAAAAAAAUUAUUUCUUGUAUGUUCUUGUUGAAACUUAAAAAUGAAUUUAUAUGAAAUUGCAUUUAAAAUUCUAGAAAUGAAUUUAAAUUAAAAACGUGUACAUAAUACCAAGAAAGCAUAAAUUCUAAAGAAUUGUAUAUAAUGGAAAUGUAAUUUAAAUAAUUUUUAUUGAAUUUAAGUAAUGGUCACAAAUAUUGUCAAACUUUUUUUUUUAAUUUUUGUGAUUUAUAUACUUAAUCUGAUAUUAUAUCAUUGCAUUUGGAAAAAUAAUUUUGGGCAAAGUUAGAGAGAUAUUAAGUCAAUUGGAAAUCUAUAAAUUUAGUUUUCAUAAGUUACCAAAGAAAAAAUGCUGACCUAUCAGUAUUUUUAUUUAAUAUUAUAUAUUUAAGUCUUCAAUAUUACAUAUUUAGAUCAUUCCAUUUAAAAGUAUUCAAGCUUUUUAUAUGUUGUUUAGAUGUGUUUGUAAAUUUAGGUGCAAUGAAACUCAUAUUUUUGUAACUGUUACUUUUUCAAAGUAAACUAAGUCAUAAAUGUGAUAUAGCUAGACAUAGAUAGUUAUAGAUUCAACAAAAUUGACAAUUACAGUUUAUUUAAGUUGAAAACAAAAAAUAUUUAUAGGAUUGUGACAAUAAACUAAAUAAAAUCUUAACACUGUUAAAUUAAACAAAAACAUUGAAAGUAAAGCAGUUAUCCCAAAUUAGUUCAGUAACGUUUUUUUUAACAAUUAUUACAAACUACAGACCUGCCAGUUUCAUUGCUUGCUAAUAAUGUUCCCGUAUCCCAAUAGUCGAUACCCUUCAUUCUUUUGACGCAAAAUUCCGUAUAUUAUUUGUCAUUUAAACCUACAGAUAAGUUAAAGUCUAAACAUGACAUAUCAGAAAGCUGUGAAAAUUGAUCUUCAAUAUUUUACAAUUGUGAAAUACACAACAGGCUCUUACUUUGUAAAAAAGUAAAUAAUUUCUUUAUAAAAAUUUUUGAACGUUAAUUAUUCAUUUGACUGUUAAGGUUGUGAUUAGUAGCAAUCAAAAGCAAGUUAAAAGCAGAUUAAUAGUAAUCAUUGAAGUAAAAUAGCCGCUAGUAAAGGUUCUUUACCCAAUGAAUACAAACAAAAUCCUAUUAAUAAUCUGUAAUCUCCAUGUCUCAUAUACCAGGCUGUAUGUUGUGCAUCUAAUAGCUAGAUAGCUGCUAUUUUCAUAUGAUGUAUUUGUAUUGCUGACAAACAAACAAAUAAAACAAAUGUUUAAUGGGGGCUCCCUUCAACAAACAUGACUUUUGCAAUUUUAAUUUUAUCAAUACACCUGUUAUUGUAAUUCUAUGGAACAUUUCACACAUAUUACACACAUUUCACAUCAGGCCGACUCUAUAUGGCUUUGGUUUCUCAGUUUUGUAUUCUAGCCUAUUUCCUUACUAAGAUAAAACGUAACAAGAUUAACGUGAAGAAAAUAUAUUCCCUAUAUGAAUGAAUAUGACAUAAUGUUAUAAAACUUUUUUGUCUGCAAACAUGUCAUUUAUGGGUACAACAUAAAACAUAUUGUUUAAAUUGUUAACAAAUCUAUACACUGAAAAGAUUCUAGUAUAAUAUAGUCAGUCAAUUAGAGAACUGACAAAAGUUAUAAGUCUCAUUUGACAUUAAAAUAAUCCCUAGAAAAGUUUCUUUAAUACAAAACAAAGAACUCAUCUUCACAAAAAACCAAUUCUAUGCAAAGAGUUAGUAGUAAGUUUAAAUGUUACCUGAAUUACUAAAUUUUACUUGAAAAUAAAAAAAA